CUCCUGUGGACUUACAAAGUGAACUUGACUCGCAGCGGAAAGAUAGAGGAUCUGGCCAAGGGUGUGUGUGAGGAUGACAUGCAAAACAUCCCUGCCUGCAAGGGCCAGUCCAUGCCCGGUCACACUAUCUCCUGCAUGACGGAGAAGAUGGAUGAGAUUAAGGAUGAACGCUGCAGACAGUACCUCCUACGACUUGAAGCCAUUGUGUUCAGUGACUAUCGUCUUGUGGAGAACAUGAUGAAUGAUUGCCAGGAGGAAAUUGCCAACCACUCCUGUGGGCGCGUCCAGGUGUCCCAGGAGGGCACUCCGCAUUCACAGGGCGAUACCAUAGAGUGUCUCUCCACUAAGGUGCUUGAUCUGAGGCCAGCUUGCCGUAAACAGAUUUUGAGACUGGCUGAACUACAGGCUGAUGACUUCCACCUCGACCGUGCACUUUUCUUUGCCUGCCGCGAAGACCGGGAGAAGUUCUGUGAGAAGACUCGGGCGGGCGAGGGACGCGUCUACAAGUGCCUCAUGAAACACAAGAUGGAAAGAGGAAUGAGCAAGGAGUGUGUGGAACAGAUGACCCGGAGGCAGAAGCUAAUGGUGCGGGACUACCAGGUAAGUCGGGGCCUGGUCAGGGCCUGCCGCUCAGCCAUCUCGGAGAAUCAGUGCCGCCGUGGCCUCGGAGACCAUAACCACGAUGUGAAGCUUUCCCAUAUCUUGCUGUGUCUGGAAGAGGCUGAGAAGAAAGCAGGCAAGGACAUUGAACGUGCGUGCAAGGAGGAGAUGCUCACACACCGCAGGAUGCUGAUGGAGGACUAUCAACUCUCACCUGAUCUUCUGGUUGACUGCUCCAAAGACAUCAGCCAAUUCUGCCAUGAUGGCAUAGAAACUGGUGGGCGCACUCUCCACUGCCUUAUGAAACAUGCUCAUAGUCAUAAUCAGCAGGAGACAAUAUCAGACCUCUGCAAGAGAAGGCUACAAGAGACCAUCAAACAGUCAGAUGCAGGAGAAGAUUGGAGAGCUGAUCCUGUACUCUACGAAGCUUGCUAUAGCAUGGUGGAGUCGAACUGUAGAGCCUAUCGUGGUGGCAAUGCAAGGGUACUGCGGUGCCUUAUGCAACAUUUGGAUUCCCCUGAGAUGCCCACUGCUUGUGAGGCUGCCCUGCUAGAAAUACAGUACUUUAUAGCCCGUGACUGGAGAAUGGAUCCAGCACUUUAUGCAGCAUGUUCAGAAAAUGCCGAACGGCUUUGUGGGGCCAGGAGGAGCUGGUUCAAUGUGAAUACUUCUGAUCCUGAAGGGGGAGGCAAGCGUCGGUUUGAAUCUGAGGGAGGAAAGAAGUCAAAGGUUGAGCAAGUGCUGCCUUGCCUAUUCCGCUAUGUGUACCAUCCCAGCCCCAAACUGAGAUUGAACAGCACCUGUGCUGAGGAAGUGCAGAGAGUGAUGCAGGAACGGGCAGCCCACGUGGACCUUCACCCUGAGAUCGAGAGGGUGUGCAUGGGAGACUUGGGGAAAUACUGCUCCUCCCACACUGGCCCUGGCGAAGAAAUUGCCUGUCUUCAGGACAACAUGGAAAUGUUGGAAAGAGAAUGCAAAAAAGUUGUUGGAAACUACACGGAGGCUGAAGCAAAAAAUACAGGCCUGAACGCACAACUUACAAUGCAGUGUGCUUCUGUCAUCCCACAGGUCUGUGGUACAGUGCCCCAGCCUGACACUGAUGGUGCACUUAUGGAAUGCUUGAUUCGACACAAAAACACGGAGCUGGUGAGAAACAACCACAAAUGCAGGGCUGUCAUUGAGCACUUCCAGCUCUUGGCACUGAAGGACUAUACAUUUUCACCAAAGUUUAAGGAGUCCUGCCAGAGUGAUGUUGCCAGUUUCUGUGACAGUUCCAAGCUUAAAAACAACUGUCCUUAGCGAUGACCGUCACAAGAUUUCUAAGGCCUGUCGCCACCAGCUCCGCCAGCAGCUCAUGCAGAGGCACGAAAAUAUAAGGCUUGAUCCCAAGCUCCAGCAACAUUGCUCAAGUGAUGUGACCAGAUUCUGCAAAGAUGUUAGUCGUGGCAGAGGAGCAGUCCUUGAGUGUCUCAGGCAAAACAAGCAAAGUUUGUCAGGUGAGUGCCACAAAGUGGUGUUCCUUCGAGAGGAAGAGGAACAGCAAGAUCCAGGCACUGAUGUUGUUCUAGUCAGCACAUGUAAGCAGAUGAUCCAGCAGUACUGCUACGACAUCCCCACUGAGCAGUACAUGUCUUGUCUUAAGAAAAGGAAAAAUGAACUGAACUUUGAUCCAAUGUGUCGCCAAGUUGUAGUUCGACGAAUGGUAGAGCAGACGACUGAUGUCCGUCUCAAUCCCGAUCUGUACCGAGCUUGCAGAAUUGACAUGACCAAGUUCUGCUUUGAGUUGUUAGAGAAAAUGAAGAAGAGCAAUACAGAGAUCAAUGGGAAACUGACGGAAUGUUUAAAGGAACAACUUCCGACUAAGAAGUUGAGUGCAACGUGUAAAAUGCAGGUGCUCACCAUGGCAAGGAGUUCUGCACUAGACUACAACAUGGACCCAAUCCUUCUCACCAACUGCAAGGAUGAUAUGAAUGUCCUGUGCCAUGACUACCUGAACAACGAUGGUGGAGGCAAGAUGGAAGAGUGCCUGAAGCUGCACUUUGAUAAUGGUCGUCUCCAGUCAGAAGAAUGUAAGAUCCACAUAGCCCAUGUCAUUGAUACUCAGCGUGCAGACAUACACGUUGACCCCAUCCUUAAUGAGGCUUGUGGAAUAGAUGACAAUAAAUACUGCGAGGGCAAGGAGAAAGGACAGCACUUGGCUUGUCUGCUUGAUGUGUUAGAAAGGAAUCCGAAUGGACUCAAAGAAGAUUGCAGUAAAAAGCUCCGUGACAGGAAAGAGAUGUUCAGUGCAGCUUACAAGGAAUAAGUAUGCCACAAUGGCCUCCUGUCUUAAAAAUGCCAAGUGGAGACUGACCACAUUAAAUAGUUGUGUAGUUAGUGUAUGGUAAGUGACUCUGGCUAUAAGGGACUCUUACCUACAGCAAAAGCUCUCCAAGGUCUUCUUCAAUGCAACAUGUAACAUGAUGGGUGUACAAUAAAGAGCAAGUUUUCAUUUGAAUGUAUGUAGAUCUGCGUGAUGGGGAAUUAUGUAUUCAUGACAGAGAAUAUGUAUUUUCAGGUAAAGUUAGGAAAUUGCCAUUUUUUAAUAGAUCAUUUGUAAGUCACCAUUUAACUGUUUCUUAGGUUUCGUUAGGUGUGUUGCAAAACAGAAAAAAGGCAACUACAGUACCAAAGAUAUAAAGUUGUUAACAGAAUUAGUCAAGUGUAUAUCUUUAUAAGAAACUUGGUAUUGCAAUGUCACUAAAUGACAUAUCAGUCAUAAAAUUUAUGAUUUGCUUGUUAUGUAUUUUAUAAUUGACACACACACCUUAUCUCAAGUGUGUGCAAACACUUGCACAUCAAAAUGGACACUUUCACCGUACCUACACUUAUUUUUUUCACUCACUUGAUCGCUCACCUUUUAUUUACCAGAGACCUAAUCAUAAAGAUGCAUUGACUGAAAAAGAGUUUGCUUUCACAACUAGAUAUCACUCAAUUAUCAUGCUGCAUACAUACUAUAACAGAUUUGCUUUUUAUGCUUUAUUAAAGAUAAUUUGAUGUGAUGAAUUGCAUGGGGAAUAAACUAACCACAGGUUACAAGACAUUGUGUAGAUCACAUGUAAUUUAAAGAAGAAUAAAUGUAAUAGGAGCCUGAUCUUGUAGGUAGCCCACAAAAAGCACAAAAGUGAUAGUCACUGUAGUUUGUUAGUUAAUGAUUGCUAAUGAGAUCAAAAUAAAAACAUGAGUUUUCUCAUCUGUUUUUUACAUUUAUUUUUUCUAAGGAUUUGUAGAAAUGUACUCAUAUUAUGUUUAAUUUUCCUCUGUCUUUCUCGCCUGAGUCCCUAACUAAUUAAUGUGUAAAUUCUUAAAAGUAUUUUCAUUUGUUCUUCAUAUGCACUUAGUUCUAACACUGGAGGUGAUAGACACUAGUAUAAGGUUUACAUAAAAGUAUGAAUGUUUCAUCUUUCUGCACAUGCAUUUAUGGUGAAGAUGCAGAGUAUUCACAUAUGAAACCAACAAACAAACAAGAAAAGGAUUGAUAUUGUGAGCUUCAGUAUUCUGCAUACAAUUUACAGAAUACAAUAAAGACAUCAUAAAAAAAACUAUGAAUGUAUGAUGCUCUGUAUUAGAAGCAUUUCAUUUGUGUGUUUUGAAAGUAUGUCCUUGCGCUUUUUUAAUUUCUUCUGUUUUUAUCUAGAAUAUGGGUGACUUUUCAAUUUACUGUAAGCUUUUGCGUCAUAUGCAGAUUUGACAAAUGCUUUGUUACUUUGUUUUCAUAAUAUAUUUGUUGGUUAUUGUUUUACUGAGUAUUUACUUAAUUUUUUGCAUUACUGUAUUAUUAAGCUUUCAUAAUAAUUUCAUCAUUCGAAUUAUUCACACUCCCCCCUCUCUCCCCUGCAAAGGAGAAAGAAAAUUGUAAGAAAAAAUAUGAAACAGGUAAUGAUUAAAAAUGUAAUAUUUUGGCAUUAAAGAAAUAACAAUGGG